AUGGCUAAAGGGAAAGGGGCAAUGAGGGCGUCAGCAAGAGCCAAAGGAAAUAGGCCUAUGUUGGUUGAUUCGGGGAAUGAGGAAGAUGAACAGGCACCUCUUGUGCCCAAGAAGGAAAAGAAAUUUAGGUACAAGGACACAAUUGCGAAAAAGAGUGUUAUGUGCGAAAGAAUGAUUGAUGCAGAGAGCCUAG